AUGGCUUCUCAGUUAUCGCUAUCAGAAGAGGAUUUCUCCUGUCCUGUGUGCUGUGACGUCUUUAAAGAUCCUGUUAUCCUGUCAUGUAGUCACAGUGUGUGUAAAGCCUGUCUGCAGCAGUUUUGGAAAAACAAAGGAUCGAAGGAGUGUCCAAUUUGCAGAAGAAAAUCCUCAAAGGAAAAGCCUCUUUCUAACCUGGCUUUGAAACACUUGUGUGAGGCUUCUGUGAAAGAGAGAAGUCAGAGAUCUUCAGCAGAGUCUGAGGAGUUCUGCAGUCUGCACAGUGAGAAACUCAAACUCUUCUGUCUGGAGGAUAAACAGCCUGUGUGUUUGGUGUGUCAAACGUCAGAAAAACACAAAAAACAUACAUUCUGUCCAGUAGAUGAGGCUGCUCAUGGUCCUAGGGGGGAACUGAAGGCUGCACUGAAGCCCUUACAGGAGAAACUGGAGAUCUUUAAAAAAGUCAAACUGACCUGUGAUGAAACAGCAAAACACAUUAAGAUUCAGACCCAAAACACAGAGACGCAGAUUAGGAAAGAAUUCAAGAAACUUCACCAGUUUCUACGAGACGAAGAGAGAGCCAGGAUAGCUGCUUUGAAGGAUGAAGAGAAACAAAAGAGUCAGAUGGUGAAAGAGAAGAUUGAGAAGAUGACUACAGAGAUUUCCUCUCUGUCAGACACAAUCAGAGCCAUAGAAGACAACAUAGGUGCAAAAGACAUUCUCUUUCUGAAAAACUUUGAGGCCACAAAGAAAAGAGCCCAGUGCACACUGCAGGAUCCAGAGGUGGUUUCAGGAGCACUGAUCAAUGUGGCAAAGCACCUGGGCAACCUGAAGUUCAGAGUCUGGAAGAAGAUGCAGGAGAUUGUUCAGUACACUCCUGUGAUUCUGGACCCCAACACUGCACAACCAUAUCUCUUCCUGUCUGAGGAUCUGACCAGUGUGGGUUAUGGUUAUAAGAAACAGCAGCUUCCUGAUAAUCCAGAGAGAAUUGAUAGAUAUGCAUGUGUGCUGGGCUCUGAGGGCUUUAAUUCAGGGACACACUGCUGGGAUGUUGAUGUUGAGAACUGUGCAGACUGGGAUGUGGCCAUGGAGUCGAACCAGACGAAAGGGGAAAAGGUGUUUGAUGGAAUCUGGUUUGUGUGGUGUAACAAUGGACAAUAUCAGACACACUGCCCAGGACAGUCAUGGAUGCCUCUAAAUGUGAAUAACAAACUCCGGAGGAUCAGAGUGGAACUGGACUGGGACAGAGGAAAACUCUCAUUCUCUGAUCCUCUAAAUAACACACACCUACACACCUUCAAACACACUUUUACUGAGAGAAUGUUUCCAUUCUUCUAUACUUACUGUAAACUCUUUCCUCUGAGGGUCUUACCAGUGAAGUGUUGUCUAACAAUGAAAUAGCACGGUUAGAUCUGAUAAUGUCUCUGCAUUAACUCACGUCAAAUGUCCGUUAUUAUGUUUAACAAACUGAUAUCAACAUUCUACACUUCACAUCACAUCCAGUUAACUGACAGUAAGGUUAUAUGAUGGUUAAAAAUGAUUUACAUGAAUUUCACUGAUUAUUUUCUCAGCAUGAUUUUCUAACAGAUUUGAAGGGAGUAAAAGCUUGAUGUUUAAAUUUACUGACAAUUCAUUUAUUGUCAGAUUUAACAAUUCAAGUGGAGUAAUUAACCUAAAAUUUCAUCACUUCAUCUUAUCUCAAAGGGAUCUGGGUUUGGAAAACGCUCUCUGCUAAUUGUCACACACUCUCUCUCUCUUCCCCCCUCUGCUGGCCAUUCUGUGUUAUAUUUGCAUAUAAGCUUGCUGCUUUCUUAGUGAAUCAUUAGUUCUACCUGUUUAGGUUGGUCUAGUCCUGUUCUGUUUUUGGACAAAUACACCUGGUUUUCCCUUUGGUAGUUUGGAAUUGAA